AUGGCCAGGUCGCCGGCUCCGAGGACGCACUUGGGACGGGGUGGGGGCCAAGGGCAGCCGACCUACCUGGCUGUGCUCCCAAUGCCGCAGCUCCUGUGGGAGAGUCUAACGGGGACUGAAUUCCUGCUGGUGACGCACAUUGCAAGCCACAGCGCCGUGCCCGUGAACAAAAUGACGGCCAUCUCCCCCGAGCCUCAGACUCUGGUCUCAAAUGAACAAAAUAAGGUCCUAAGAAUGGAUACAAGUGGGAAUGAAGAAGCCAUCCUAAGAGGAAGCACUACUGACCCAGAGUCUUUUAGACAGAGGUUCAGGUGGUUUUGUUACUCAGAAGAGGCUGGACCCAGAAAAGCCCUGAAUCAACUCUGGGAGCUCUGCAUUCAGUGGCUGAGACCAGACAUCCACACGAAAGAACAGAUUUUAGAGCUUUUGGUGUUUGAGCAAUUCCUGACCAUUUUGCCCGGGGAGAUCAGGAUUUGGGUAAAGUCACAACAUCCUGAGAAUAGUGAGGAAGUGGUAACCUUAAUAGAGGAUUUGACCCAAACACUUGAAGAAAAAGAAGACCCAGUUUCUCAAGAUGCUGCUAUUUCCCAAGAGGAGAACCCUGAAGAAGAUAAAAUGGUUUCUGUCCUUCCAAAUACUGAGUCCGGGGAACCCGUGACAUUCAAGGAUAUAGCUGUGAGCUUUUCCAGAGGAGAGUGGAGAAAGCUGGAACCUUUUCAGAAGGAGCUGUAUAAGGAAGUGCUACUGGAAAACGUUAGGAACCUAGAAUUUGUGGGCUUUCCAGUUUCCAAACUAGAUUUGAUUUCACAGCUUAAGUGGGUUGAACUGCCAAGGCUGCUGCAAAAAGAGGUCUCAAAAGGCUCCGGACCAGAGUGUGAACCUAGAGGUGAAUUGAAGAAAUCUGUUCAAAAUCAAGAUGUUCUUAUGGAUGAAUCGACUUUAGAUAAAAUAAUAGAAAGGUACCUAAUGGGUGGCGAUGAUGGCUUGAUGGGAGAAUCUUCGAAACAUGGUAGGUUAGAGGAAAAUCAUAGCAAUAGGGAAUGUUCACAAGUAGCAGGCACACAAAAGAAAACUCAUAGGAGAGGCAGUAAGGGUGAGGAAUCUGACCCAGAAAAGGGCCCCUUUGGAAGUAAUUUCAAGGAAACUUCAGAUAUAAUUAAACAGGUGAGAGGCUACUUAAAGAAGAAGUCUCGGAAGUAUAAUGAAAGCAAGAAACGCUUUAGUUUUCAUUCAGACCUUAUUAUGAACCGCAAAGAGCACAUUGGAGAAAAGCCACGGAAACGUAAGGAAGGCAGGAAAGUUUUAAGUCACUCUUCAUCUCGUCCUGAACAUCAGAAACAUCAGAAAAUUUAUAUGGGGACAAAGCCACAGAAGUGCACUAACUGUGGGAUAGACUUUACUCAAAGCUUAUCCCUUGUUAAGAGAAGAAAAACUCCUAUAUGUGAGAAAUGUCGAAAAAAUGAAUGUCGGGAAAAUGAAUGUCAGGAUGAAACCUCAAAGAAAGAUGAAGGAGUAGAGACUGGAGAAAAAACCCAUAAAUGUAGCAAAUGUGGAAAAGCCUUUGGCUAUAGUGCCUCACUGACCAAACAUCAGAGAAUUCACACUGGGGAAAAGCCCUAUCUGUGCAAUGAAUGUGGAAAAGCCUUCAGUGACAGUUCAUCCCUCACACCACAUCACAGGACUCAUAGUGGUGAGAAACCCUUCAAGUGUGAUGAUUGUGGAAAAACUUUCACCCUAACUGCCCACCUCAUUAAACAUCAGAGAAUUCAUACUGGAGAAAAGCCCUAUAAAUGUAAAGAAUGUGGGAGACCCUUCAGUGACAGUUCAUCUCUUAUUCAACAUCAGCGAAUUCAUACUGGAGAAAAACCCUACACUUGUAACAAUUGUGGGAAGUCCUUUAGUCAUAGCUCAUCCCUUUCCAAGCAUCAGAGAAUUCAUACUGGAGAGAAACCCUAUAAAUGUGGCGAAUGUGGGAAAGCCUUUAGACAGAAUUCUUGCCUUACUCGACAUCAGAGAAUUCACACUGGAGAAAAACCAUAUUUAUGUAAUGAUUGUGGAAUGACUUUUAGCCAUUUUACAUCUGUAAUUUAUCAUCAGAGACUUCAUUCAGGAGAAAAACCCUACAAAUGUAGUCAGUGUGAGAAAGCCUUCCCUACCCAUUCACUCCUUAGUCGUCAUCAGAGAAUUCAUACUGGUGUGAAACCUUAUAAAUGUAAGGAAUGUGGAAAAUCCUUCAGUCAGAGCUCAUCUCUUAAUGAACAUCAUCGAAUCCAUACUGGAGAGAAACCCUAUGAAUGUGACUAUUGUGGAGCAACCUUUAGUCGAAGCUCAAUCCUUGUAGAGCAUCUAAAAAUUCAUACUGGAAGAAAAGAAUAUGAAUGUAAAGAAUGUGAGAAGACAUUUAAAAGUAAUUCGGGCCUCCUCAGACAUCGGGGAUUUCACUCUGGAGAUUAA